UGUGUUUUGUCACCUACAGGGCUGCGGCCCCGGAUGUUGUGGCUCCUGGAGGGAGAUGGCGGAGGCCGGGGAGUCGGCGGCGGCGGCCGCUGCGGCCGGCCCGGGAGCUGAGCAGCGGCCGGUGCCAGCCUUCAGGAGCCGCGGCGCGAUGUCCGGCGGCGGCGAGCGGGAUCGGCAGGUGGAGGCGGUGCAGCGGGCCCUGUUGGAUGUGCUGGGGCCCUAUGAGCCGCUGCUGAGCCGGGUGCAGGCAGCCCUGGUGUGGGAGCGCCCGGUGAGGAGCGCCCUGUGGUGUCUGGCCCUGAACGCGGCUUUCUGGUUCUUUGCAUUGACCUCCCUUCGUUUGGUGUUUUUACUUGCAUUCAGCUUGAUGAUAAUUGUAUGUAUAGAUCAGUGGAAGAACAAAAUCUGGCCUGAGAUGAGAGUGGCAAGACCCGACGCAUUAGACAAUGAGAGCUGGGGCUUUGUACACCCUCGGCUCCUUAGCAUGCCUGAGCUCUGCCACCAUGUAGCCGAAGGCUGGGUUAGUGGGACCACUUUCAUAAGGAAUCUCUUGCUUUUCAAAAAGCAAAACCCAGGCAAGUUCUGCCUGUUGAGCUGCGGUAUACUGACCUUUCUGGCUGUGCUGGGCCGCUACAUUCCUGGCCUCCUGCUUUCCUACUUAUUCCUUCUCUCUCUCCUGCUGUGGCCCCUUGCUGUGUACCACAGACUGGGACAUCGAUUGUACAUGAGGCUAGAGCCAGCCCUGCAGCGGCUGGACUUCAGUGUCCAUGGUUACAUGAUGUCCAGGCAAAGGGAAAGGCAGUUGCGGCGUGCCCGAGCCUUGCACUCUGAUCGGGCUGUGGAGGACAAUAGUGAUAGCGAAGAAGAGCUAGCCGCCUUCUGUCCUCAGUUGGAUGACUCCACUGUGGCUAGGGAAUUGGCCAUCACAGACUCAGAGCACUCAGAUGCCGAGGUCUCCUGCACGGACAAUGGCACGUUCAACCUCUCGAGGGGUCAGACGCCACUAACUGAGGGAUCAGAAGACCUGGAUGGUCAUAGUGACCCUGAGGAGUCAUUUGCCCGGGACCUCCCUGACUUCCCUUCCAUUAAUGUGGAUGCUGCAGGCCUGGAUGAUGAGGAUGACACCAGCAUAGGGCUUCCCAGCCUUGCCUAUCGUUCCCCUCCAGGAGCUGAGGAGUCCACCUCCAACCGAGAUGAGGCUGUCCUGCCUGAGCUCUUACUCGGCACUCUUCCCACAGGAGCCAACCUCACCAGCAACCUUGCCAGCCUGGUCUCACAGGGUGUGAUCCAGCUGGCCCUGUCAAGGGCCCAACAGCAGGCAGCUCCUGCUGCCCCUCAAAGAGCUGCACGAGGUUUCCUAAGGGCCCCCAGCUCUGACCUGGACACCGAUGCUGAAGGGGAUGACUUUGAACUGCUAGACCAAUCAGAGCUCAAUCAACUAGAUCCUUCAAGCUCUCGGAGCCACUGAGGCACAUCUUUUGGGGGAAUGGUUUGUGGUUUUAGUCUUUUUUCCCCUAUCCCACUGGGAAUGAUGGAGGCAGAGAAAGAAGAAUCUGGGUCCCACCUCCUAAAUUUGAUUAUCUGUGUACAUUGUUGGCUAGCCAUUUGGGCCCCUGCUUAGAGAGGAUACCACCCUAUCUCUAGCUGGAUUCCCAUCCAUGAGCUCAGAGUUAUAGGUGAUGGAGGCAAAACUCCGAAAGUGACGCUUCUUCCAUCAGGAUAGUACUUUCUUUGCUGGGAACAAGGGAGUUUGAUGAACUGGCCCCUGGGAUUCAUUGUUCCAGAGUUUCUGUCUUAUGGGAUGAUGUUUGCUACACGGUGUGGGUGCUCAGGGACCCUGUAUAAAACAACUGCCCAUCCUACUUCCCCUCCCCUAUCCCUUUCCUUAAAGCCAAAGUGUGGAAUGGCUGUUAAUGCAGUGGGGUGGUACUAGAGGCCCCUGAGGCCAGCUGCAUGGACUGGGAAGGUUUCGUUGCUGUGUCUCUCCUAAUCAUGAUUUGUUUUUUCUAAGAAGCUUGUCCUUGGUUCUGCAGAGCAGGCUUGCCCUACUACCACUUACGGCCUUGUCUCCAGUGCCCAGAAAGACUGCUUUCAAGAAAAAGGGUCAGGGAAGGAAACAGUGGGGGUGGGGGACUGGGUAGCAAGAGCUCUGCUAGAAUUGCUGGUUGUGCUGUGGAAUUUGGGGAGGGUUCUGGAUUUGCUUCCUAGGUCUUCUCAGUUUCAUGUCAGCCCUUGGAGCUUCCUACUUGUCCGUUUCCCUGCUAAUCUCUCACUUUAUUUAAGCACUAACCUAAAUAAUGAGUAAAGCAAUAGCCAUUUCUGAACUUCUUCCCUAUCUUUCCCCUCCCCUCUCCCUCCAGCCAUUUGUGAACAACUCCACGGGGCUUGGCAAAGUAGCACUUUAGAUGGCCCAGUGGCAUUCAUUCAGUUUUUGCACCAGCUCUGAAUCCCUGCCAGCCUCUACACUACUUGUUUUCACUUUGACUUCUCCCUAGCCUUGCUAGGGACUUCAUUCAAAGAUGAGUUACAGUUGGCAUGAGUGUGUGCAGCCCUUCUGACAGGGCCUUUGCCAUGCCAUAAUUCUCUUUGUAAUCAUUCAAGAAACAGAUAACAUACCACAGAAUUUUUCUCCUUUCCUAACUUGGGGAAAACCCCUCAGAGACCACCAUAUCCCCUGGGGGUCAUCUAGAAUCCUCUGCUUCCCCAUAAGAGAUCAGACCAUCCACUUUUCCUCUGCACUUAACCCUUUGAUGUUCCUCAGGGACCAUUCCUCUUACACUCCCAGACUAUGACAGAUGUUAGAGCCCAUUUCCAUGUGCUGCAGUUUAGGGUAUAUUCAUUUUUGCUGUAGUUUGUUCCAAGAAAUACACGGGGCAGUGAAUGAAAUAUUUGACCAAGGGAAGGGAGAAAAAGUAGCUGCCAUAUUACCUUUAUGUGAAAGUUGAGGAGGGAGGUUUCCCCCUUCGUAUCACCCAUGGGACAAUUCAAAGCUCACAUCUUGGUAGGUAAAGCUGUGACAUAUAAAGACAACAGGUGGCAAGAUUUGAAAGUAAGCAGUUAUGGAAAGACAGCCGGGAUUUCUGGGUUUGCACGAAUGUGUGUAGACUCAGGCCCUGGGAAUGGAUAAAACAGGGUGGAGGGUAGGGAGGAAAGGCCAAGAAAGUUUCUUAGGGUGUUUCCUCUAGCUAGGGGCUCCUACUCUUUAUCUGUUUUCCACUGUGAAUUAGGGGAUGGGUGGGAGGGCAGAUAUUCGAAAAUAAAUCUUGUAUGAG